GCUGUGUGUGUGCUGCUGAACAAACAUUAAUCUGUCUUCAUUCAGAAAAGGUACGCACCUGGUUACAACUGUGAAACAUGCAGGAUUCAGGUUAUCUGUUACAGGUACUGUGGUUGGUUUUAUGCCAGGCUGCUGCUAGUAGUCGGGGUCAGGCAAACCUAACCAGCAUGCUGGCACCGCAGGCGGAUCGGGUCAUGGCUCUUGGAGAAUGGGAGGAACGCUGGCAGGAGGGCAGAAUUACUUUCCAUCAGCCUGAUGUACACAAGAUGCUGGAGAGCAACAUUGAUAAAGUUCUUUCUGGACGGACAGGAGUUCGCUUCUUCUUCCCUCUCUGUGGGAAAGCUGUAGAUAUGAAGUGGCUAGCAGACAUGGGCCAUUCAGUGGUUGGGGUGGAGAUAUCUGAAAAGGCUAUAAAACAGUUCUUUGAGGAGAACAACAUGACCUACAGCGAGGAGCCUGUCGCUGCCAUACCUGGAGCAAAGGUUUACAAGAGCUCAGAGGGAAAUAUCUCUCUAUAUCAAUGUGACCUGUUCAACUUCUCCAGUGCCAUUGAGGGUCAGUUCGGGGCAAUUUGGGACAGGGGCUCUCUAGUGGCCAUCAACCCAAGAGACAGAGAAAAGUAUGCUGCUCUCAUUAUUUCUCUGAUGGCCAAAGACUGCAGAUACCUUUUGGACACUUUGUUGUACAAUCCUGAACUAUAUAAAGGUCCUCCCUUUUUAGUGCCUGAUGAGCAAGUAAAGAGCCUGUUUGGGAACAGCUGUGAUAUGGAAAUGCUGCAGCCGCAGGAUGCCCUGGGAGACAGACAGCGAGCCUGGGGUCUGGACUACCUGACUGAAAAUGUACACCUCCUCACUCCAAAGAGCAAAGUUUAGACCACAGUUUUAAACUCAUGUAUUUUCAUAAAGCCUUCAAGAGCUGUAACAAUAUAGAGUUUUGAAUGCCUGACCAAAUAAAACUUAUUUUGUAACAAGA